AUGGAGAUAUUUCUCUCAAUUUUCAUGGCUCGUUUUAUUCCGGAGAGUGUUAGAGAUGGAUUAGCUCAUGAGUUUGAACGAUUGGAGCAAAUGAAGGGUAUGACAGUUUUAGAGUAUAGUGCUUGUUCUACACAGCUCUAUCGACACGCUCCUUACUCUAUCAUUGAGGGGAUGUGUGUUAAGAUGUUCAUUAGAGUAUUGAAGGAUUACUUAUUUAGAUAUGUGGUUGGGUUGAAUUGUUAUACUUUUGCUGAGGUUUUGAGUUUGGCCCUUCAGAUUAAGCAACAACAGAAGGAAAAAGGAGGUUUGGUUAUCAGGGGCAACAAAAGACUCAUGUCUCAAAGAGCUGGUCAUAGCGGGCAAUCUUUUGGGACAAUGCAGUGUCGUAGAUCAGAUUCGGGAGCAGCAUCACAAUCCACUUUCCCUCAUAGACAUUCUGGUGUUUCAGUUACACGAUGUUCUAUUUGUUGUAGGUUUCACUUUGGAAAUUGUUCUAAAGAUGGUAAUGGUAAGGAUGAUCAAACAUCCAAUGCAGUAGUUACAUGUAUACUUUCUAUUUGUUCCAAAGAUGGUCAUGUUUUGUUUGAUCCUGGAGCUACACAUUCUUUUGUAUCAUCGAGGUUUUCUUCUCGACUUGGUAAAUGUUCAUCUUUUCUAGAAGAAGCUUUAAUUGUGGCUACACAUGUUGGAGAAAAUUUGCUUGCUAAGUUAGUGUAUCGUUCUUGUGAUAUAGUUAUUGAGGGAAAGGUGUUGCCAAUAGAUUUAGUAGUUAUUGACUUGGUAGAUUUUGAUGUGAUUUUGGGUAUGGAUUGGUUGGCUUUGCAUCAUGCCACUUUGGAUUAUCAUAACAAAGUGGUGAAAUUUAAGAUACUGGGACAAUCAGUCUUCUUGUUUCAAGGACAACGUUGUUCGGUACCACAUAACCAAAUCUCAUCCUUGAGAGCUAUCAAGUUAAUGAGAAGAGGUUGUAAAGCGUACUUAGCCUUAGUAAGGGAUACACAAGUGGCUGAGGAGAAAUUGGAAAAAAUUCCAGCAGCAUGUGAAUUUCCAGAUGUUUUUCCGAAAGAACUUCGUGGGUUGCCACCUAAUAGGGAGAUCGAGUUCUCUAUAGAAUUAGUUCCUAACACUCAUUCUAUAUCUAUACGACCUUAUGUAUGGCCCCAACAGAACUUAAGGAGUUAA